AUGGGACGCACGCCUAUAGUUCAAAACGUUCAGAGGCUUCAGCAGCAUGAUGAUCUGUUCUAUGAGAUAGUGACACUGAGCGGAAGAGUAAAAGUCUCUGCUUUACUGGACAGCGGUUCGAUGGAAUGUACUCUAAGUGCUAGUCUUGUCCCACAGUUACUGCAGGAGGGUGUUAUAAACCCCACCCUUCAGGAUACGGACGUUGUGUUGAUUGGAUGCGGAGGGUCUAGAACUCUGCCUGUGGGAGUGUGCGAUCUCAACCUGGAGAUCUAUGGCUGCAGCGUGGUUGUCCCCACUCUAGUUGUCAAUGGCCAGAGCGAAGAUCUAAUUGUUGGCAGUAACCUAUUGCGGUAUGUGAUCAGCAGACUUAAAAGGGAUUUCCAGGGUCAGUGCCCUUCAGUGCUCAGCUGCAAGAGUGAUGCAGAACAGAAACUGUUGAGUUUAAUGGCGGGAGUGGAAACUGAGGAUGUCUCAAAUGCGAUCGGUACUGUCAAACUCAGGAAAGCUGUUACUCUGGAGCCUAUGACAGAGCACCUAGUGUGGGCAAGGCUGCAGUACGUGGACGAACAGUUGGCUGAUACCUCCACUUUACCGGACUGUCCUCGAUUCAAGCCGUGCCCUGACUCUAGUUCUCUCCAGUCUAGGUUAGGUGAGCUGGGUUUGUCGGAUAUUGAUGUUGAGUCGUGUCAAGUUUCCACCGAUUACAAAACUAAGCUUGCUGAGCUCAUAGUAGAGUACGAGUCGAUUUUCUCCAGAGACAAGCUAGACUACGGCAAGGCUACUGGUUACCAGCACCGUAUCAGGGUCCUAGAUGAGAAACCUUUUCGGCUCCCAUGCAGGCGCAUACCGCCCACGCAGUAUGAAAAACUGAGACAGGCAUUGGAUGAAAUGGAGGAGCGGGAGAUUAUAAGAAAGUCCAGCAGUGAGUUUGCGUCGCCCCUUGUGUUAGUCUCAAAGAAAUCAGGAGACUUGAGAAUAUGCAAUGAUUUUCGCUGGCUCAAUGCACGCACUGUAAAGGAUGCGCAUCCGCUCCCUCACCCUGCUGAUGCCCUAGCAGCUCUAGGGGGUAAUGCCUUCUUCUCAACUAUGGACUUGACCUCAGGAUACUACAAUGUGGAAGUACAUGAGGAGGACAAGAAGUACACUGCUUUUUCAUCACCAUUCGGAUUGUAUGAAUAG